AUGCAUGGCCCAUUCUCUAAUCUGUCAAAUCUUGCACCAUUCUCGACAAAUGCUCCAGAAAAUGCAACUCCAUCUGUAAUCCAAUUUCUGGGCUUAGGAUUUGGGAGGUUGGCCCAAUCUUCCACCAACUUUACCGACCAAUCAGCUCUCAAUGCCUUCCAUUCUAAUAUUAUCUCCGGUCCAAACCAAACUGUCUUGGCUGCUAAUUGGUCCACAGCUACAAACUUCUGCAAUUGGAUUGGGGUCUCAUGUAGCCGACGCAGACAAAGAGUCACAGCUUUGAACCUUCGCCUCAUGGGUCUUCAGGGCACCAUUUCUCCACAUAUUGGUAACCUCUCUUUCUUGGUUUAUCUUAAUCUACGCAACAAUAGCUUUUUUGGUUCUUUGCCUCAUGAGAUCAGUCGCCUACAUCGCUUGAGAAUACUCCAGCUGUCAUUCAACCAAUUGGAAGGUAGCAUCCCUCCAACUUUGCAUAAUUGCCGGAAUCUUCAACGAAUACGACUUGCGGGAAACCAUCUUACGGGUGCAAUUCCAUCAACCCUCGCCAACAUGUUGUCAUUAGAGGCCUUGGAUUUGCAAAACAACAGCCUCACAGGUCCAUUUCCUCUUGUCAUCUUUAACAUAUCCUCUCUUACCAUAAUUGCUCUUUCAGAAAAUCACAUCUCAGGUACUCUUCCAAUGGAUCUAUGUAGCCAUUGUCCUAAUCUUCGAGGACUUUAUCUUUCCUUCAAUGAGUUCAGCGGUCAACUCCCUUCACAAAUAAACCAUUGUAGAGAGCUUGCAGUCUUAUCCCUAUCAUACAAUAAAUUUGAAGGCAGUAUUCCAAAAGGUUUUGGGAGUUCAGAACAGCUUGAAGUGCUAGCUCUUGGAGGUAACAACUUAACCGGUAAUAUACCUCCUACCAUAAGUAACUUGUCGAGGUUAUAUGCAUUUGCAAUUGAGGAAAACAACAUUAAAGGAAGCAUUCCGAGUGAUUUAUGGCGCCUUUCCAAUCUGGGACAAUUGCUUUUCCAAGAUAAUUAUCUCACAGGGACAAUCCCCCAAAGCCUUUUCAACAUGUCCUCUCUACAAAUAAUCUCCUUGUUUAAUAAUUCCCUAUAUGGCAAUCUUCCAUCAAAUUCUGAAUUUUCCUGCCCCAGUCUUGAAUAUCUAUAUUUUGCUGUCAACAAAUUUAGUGGUCUCAUCCCAUCGUAUCUUUCAAAUUGUUCCAAGCUCGUCCUAUUAGAUUUAGGUUCAAACAUACUCUCUGGACCAAUACCAAAAAGUCUUGGACACUUAAAAUACCUUCAAAAGCUUGUUCUAAAUGACAAUCAGCUAACAGGAGAGCCUAAAGAUCAAGAGCUUAAUUUCCUUUCAUACUUAUCUAAUUGCAGAGUUUUGGAAGUUCUGUCCAUAUUCAAUAAUCCAUUGGAUAUUACUCUUUCGGAUUCCAUCGGAAACUUUUCAACCACCCUUAAAACCAUUUAUGCAAACCAAUGCCAAAUAAAAGGUCGCGUUCCAGUGAGUAUAGGUUCUUUAAGAGGCUUGACCUUGCUUGAUCUGAGCAAUAACAAUUUGACUGGAAACAUACCAUCCACAAUUGGAGGAUUGGAGGGGUUACAAAGAUUAUAUCUUGGUGGUAAUAAAAUCAAAGGAUCCAUUCCAGAAAGCAUAUGUCAGCUAAAGAACUUAGGCGAGUUAGAUCUUUCAAAUAACAAAAUCUCUGGAUCUAUCCCAAAUUGCAUUUCGAACCUCAAUAUUUUGCAAAGGCUAUACCUGCGUUCUAAUAGGCUGGAAUCACCAAUACCAUUAAAUUUAUGGAACCUUGAGAAUCUAUUGUUUUUGGACCUAUCAUCCAAUUUCCUUGAUGGAUAUUUGUCUCCAAACAUGAAAAAAUUGGAUGCUAUUGAACGCAUUGAUUUAUCUCGAAACCAAAUUACUGGAAGUAUUCCAAGCAUCAUUGGAGCUUUUGAAAGCCUAGGUUAUCUUGAUUUGUCAAGGAACUCAUUUCAAGGAGAAAUUCCACAAUCUUUUGGAGACUUGAAAGGAUUAGAUGUGUUAAACCUCUCAUACAAUAAUCUCUCUGGUGUAAUUUCUAAUUCUCUUGAGGCACUUUUGCAUCUCAAGUAUUUUAAUGUGUCUUUCAACAAGCUAUCCGGAGAGAUACCAUCUAGCGGGCCUUUUGCAAAUUUCACAACUAAAUCAUUUUUAGGAAACAAAGCACUUUGUGGGAAUCCAAUUUUUGGAGUUUUACCUUGUCCAAGUCUGAGCUCCAAAGGAUCAAAGGUGAAACAGAGUCUGCUCAAAUAUUUUCUUGCUACCAUUGCUUCAAUUAUACUCUGUCUAGCAUUGGUCUAUAUGUUGAGAAGACACCGAGAAAGUAAAAUACAGCUUCCAAGUUUAUUUAAUACAUUGUCUUUAUCAAAGCAUAGAAUGGUAUCAUAUCAAGAGCUUUGCCAAGGGACAAACAACUUUUGUGAAAGCAACUUGCUUGGAGCUGGAGGUUUUGGUUCUGUGUACAAAGGUGUGUUGCUUGACGGGACUGUUGUUGCUAUUAAAGUUCUAAAUUUGCAAUUGGCCGAUGCUUUCAAAAGUUUUGAUGCAGAAUGCAAGGUCUUACGGAUAAUCCGACAUAGGAAUCUUGUUAAAGUCAUAAGUACAUGCUCCAACCCUGAGUUUAGAGCUUUAGUACUACAAUACAUGUCGAACGGUAGCCUUGAAAGGUGGUUAUACUCUUAUAACUACUGCUUGAAUCUUCUUCAAAGAGUAAACAUUAUGGUUGAUGUUGCAUCGGCGUUGGACUAUCUCCACCACUGUCUAUCAGAAUCUGUGGUUCACUGCGAUUUGAAGCCUACCAAUAUCCUUCUAGAUGAGGACAUGGUUGCACAUGUGGGUGACUUUGGCAUUGCAAAGAUUUUGAUCGAAAACAAAGAUGCUACACAAACCAAAACUCUUGGUACACUUGGCUAUAUUGCUCCAGAGUAUGGUUUUGAAGGAAAAGUCUCCAUCAAAGGCGAUGUUUAUAGCUACGGUAUAACAUUGUUGGAGAUGAUCACAAAGAAGAAACCUACCGACAACAUGUUUGAAGGAGAAUUGACUAUGAGGCAAUGGAUAAAUGCAUCACUUCCUGAUAGAAUGAUGGAAGUUGUGGAUGACAGUUUAUUGAGAACAGAAAAUGGAAGAGAUGUAACUACCAUGCAAAGUGUUCUAUCAUCCAUCAUGGAAUUAGGCUUAAGGUGUUCUGAAGAGUUACCAAAUGAAAGAGUCGAUAUCAAAGAUGUGCUUGUGAAACUUCAAAAAAUUAAACUGGCACUUUCUGAAAACAAAAAUCGGGGUAUCUGA